AUGAAGCACUUCAUCAAAGGUAGCAUCACUACCAGCUUACACAAGACAUAUGAUAUUGGAAACCAACUUGGAACCGGAAAGUUCUCGGUUGUAAAGUCAGCAACAGAGCGCAACACUGGCAAGCCAUGGGCAAUGAAGAUAAUGAAGAAGUCGGUGGUACAUGAACAGAACUUGAUAAGAGAGGUGGAAAUAAUGCAGGAUAUCAAACAUAAGAAUAUCAUUUCGUUGCAUGAGAUAUACGAGACGGAGGGCGAUGUAGUCCUGGUCCUGGAACUGGUCACUGGUGGCGAGUUAUUCGACAAGAUUGUAGAGCGCAAUAGUUAUACGGAAGAAGAUGCCGCCAAGCUGGUCAACACAUUGACUCGUGUCAUUCAUUAUAUUCACUCCAAAGACAUUGUCCAUUGCGAUCUGAAACCAGAGAACCUGUUGUACUCGGACAAUUCCGACUCGGCCAUCAUCAAACUAUGUGAUUUCGGCCUUUCACAACGCUGUACACAUGGAGAGAAGCUCCGCUCACUGGUUGGCACGGCAACAUUCAUGGCCCCAGAGAUAAUGACUGGCAAUGGCUAUAGCAAGGAGGUGGACAUGUGGUCGCUAGGUGUAAUUAUUUAUAUUCUGUUGUGUGGAUUCCCUCCAUUCGAUGAGACAACUGGUUAUAACUUGGAGUUCCCAUCACCAGAGUGGGACAAUAUAUCAGAGUCUGCCAAGGGUCUAAUCAGGUCUUUGCUGACCGUCGAUCCUUCAAAGAGGCCAGUUGCCGCUCAAGCUUUGAAGCAUGUUUGGGUCACUGGCGAGUCAUGUAGCAAACAAUCGAUCAUUGGUACAUUGAAGACAUUGAGAGAGUUCAAUACUCUGAGGAGAGCUGGUACGACUAUGGGCCACAACAAGUCUGCCAGUAGGAGUACGGUGUUUGAGUUGUUUCCGUCUUUGUCAUCAGCGACAAUUGGAAAAUCCUCGACGUCUUCAUUCCGCCCUCCACUGCCUUCGCGACUCUCGCAGCACCACAUCGAGUUCACCAAGAGCAACAGUUGCUUCCUGGACGACAGGAGCGCACAGUCCCGUGACCGUUUCAAUCUGGAGCUCAACUUUAACAGUGAGGCGUUUGCCGCGGCGUUGAUGUCGCGCGAGAGCAAGGAGGAGCAGGCUGGCGGCCACAGCAACAACAGCAGCAGUAGGAGUGACAUUAGCAACAGCACAAACAGCAGCAGUAGCAGUCUGCUGAAGGAGCUGGACCAGGAGACGACCGAGUUCCAGUCGACACUACGGAGAUCAUUGAUGAGCUACUCACAAGAGGAAAAAGAUGACGCGCUGAACGAGAUGGCGCCAGAGAUCCAAGCUGGCGACGUGUCGGUGCUGGAGAAGGAGAGGCUGCGACUGCUCGAGCAGUUGCGCCGAGAGCGCGAGGUGAAUGCCAAGCUGAUGCGGGAGCUCGACGAGGCGCGCAAGAAGGCAGGUGAGAGACCAGCGUCCACGGCAGCCACCACAUCAUCGCUCAUGAUCAAUGGCAGUCACAUCUAUUUGAACGGCGCCAACAACGAUGGUGUGGCCUCGCCCUCAUUGGUGUCAUCGUCCGAGACUUCAUCAUCAUCGUCUUCAUCAUCAUCGCUAAACAACAAGAAGGACAAGUCCAAGAAUGGUGUCGAUCGCAUUGUACACGACUUGCAACAAGAGUUUGAUCGCAUAGGUUUGUCCAAAGAUGUGAAUGAGCGAUUGAAUACAGUGAUGACAUUGUAUCGCAUCAAGAACCAAGACAAAUCAUUGCGAGUGCAACUAGACAAGAAGCGAGAGAAGUGCAAGCGACUGAAAGCACAGCUCCUAUUAUCCGGCUCCAAUCCCAAGACCAAGUCCUCUAUAACUGUUUCGAAAUAA